GGCCCCAUGACACCCCAGCACAAACAACAGCCUCAUUCUCUGCAUCCCAGCUGACCUCAUUGUCUCUUUGUGAAGGGAAAGUCCAGAGUUGCAUUCUGUUAAAUGGCAAAUGGUGCAUCAACGGCGAGUGGGACAGACCUCUCUACCUCUGGCGCGGGCCUACAGAUGAGCACGGACAUCGCUGGCUUUUCCUCAGGACUGUACACAGGGAAAACAUGAGUCUUGAUGGAGACGCAUUAUCAGUGAUUGAAAACCCGGCGGCCGUCAGUCAUCCUUUCCCAUCAGAGAAAACAGCAGGAGAGGCGGCGAGCAGGGGAGUGCAGGGCUGGUUUAAAGGGAUUCAUUCAACGUCACACGCUCACAGGCUGCCGAGGCUGCUGGCGGCCGUGUGUGCAGUUGGACUCCUGGGAGGCUUGGCUGUGGGUGUCUGGUUUCUAGUGAAAUUCCUUCUGAGGCCUUCUUACUCCCAAAGUCCAGUGGGACUCGGGGACACAAAGGAGACGCCUUUCUGCAAUGUGACAGAGGAUAUUUCCAUCUCUGACCCGAGGAAAGUGUUUUACAGAAUCAGCCCGGAGAACUCCCUCCUGGAGAUCCAGCUGGGGAAGCUUCCCACCUGGUUGCCCGUGUGCUAUGAGAGGUGGAACUCCUCGCUGGGGACGCUGGUCUGCAGGCAGCUGGGUUAUCUGAGACUGACCAAGCAUAAAGGAGUGAAUCUCACUGAUAUCGGGCCAAACUACACUAAUGGCUUUAUACAAAUUACCUCAGAACACAAGAGCAAUCUGGAAAAUAUGUGGCAACUCAGGGGGAGCUGUAUCACAGGGAAGGUUAUCGCCUUGCAGUGUUUUGAGUGUGGGACACGAGCAAAGCUGCCCAGGAUAAUCGGGGGAGUGGAGGCCACGCUGGGCAGGUGGCCAUGGCAGGUCAGCCUGUACUACAGCAACCGUCACACCUGUGGGGGCUCCAUCAUCACCAGUCAAUGGGUAGUCACAGCCGCCCAUUGUGUGCACAACUACAGGCUACCUCAGGUGUCCAGCUGGGUGGUAUACGCCGGCAUCAUCACACGCAGCUCUUCUAAAAUGGCUCAGCACACAGGCUACGCCGUGGAGAGGAUCAUCUACAACAAGAACUACAACCACAGAAGCCACGAUAAUGACAUAGCCCUGAUCAAACUGCAGUCACCGCUGAACUUCUCAGAUACAAUUAGGCCCGUGUGCCUGCCUCAGUAUGACUCUGACCUUCCAGGAGGUACACAGUGCUGGAUCUCUGGAUGGGGAUACACACAGCCCGAGGGCGUUCACUCGCCUGACACUCUUAAAGAAGCACCUGUUCCCAUAAUAAGCACAAAAAAGUGCAACAGCACCUGCAUGUACAACGGUGAGAUCACGCCCCGCAUGCUCUGUGCCGGAUACACAGAGGGAAAAGUGGAUGCAUGUCAGGGGGACAGUGGGGGUCCUCUUGUCUGCCAGGAUGAGAAUGUGUGGAGGCUGGUGGGGGUGGUGAGCUGGGGGACUGGCUGUGCUGAACCAAACCAUCCUGGAGUUUACACCAAAGUGGCCGAGUUCUUAGGCUGGAUCUACGACAUGAUUGAGAAUAACUGAAGAGCGCAAAUGGAGCACCACAAGCAGACUCACCUACUGAUAUUGCUGUUGAGGACAUUUGACAAUUACAUUUUAUCUUUUAUUUUUAAAUGUGAGUUAUAUCUUGUAUACAUUAAGACAGGCUGGAGACAUAUAAAUGCAUUUUUAUGUUAUAUUUUUCAUGUACUGAAUAAAUUGUGCCUCUUAUAAA